AUGGAGCUCACGACGAUCCUGGCGGCGGCCGCCGCCGUCCUGGCCACCUUGUACCUCUACUACAGCUACCGCUUCAGCUACUGGAGGAAGAGGGGGGUGCCCUUCCCCAGGCCGCUGCCCUUCCUCGGCAACAUUGGCUUCUUCUUCGCGGGCAAGAAGGGUUUCUCCUCGGCCAUGCUGGACCUGGUCGCGCCCUUCAAAGAGAACGGCUACUGCGGCAUGUACAUGUGGAGCCAGCCAGUGCUGCUGGUGUGGGACCCCGAGAUGACGAGGCAGAUCAUCUGCAAGGACUUCAGCAGCUUCCACGACCGCGGCCAGCCGUCGGACGAGAACGAUCCCCUGAGCCAGCACCUGUUCAACCUCAACGGCAACAAAUGGCGCAACCUCCGGAACCGGCUCACGCCCACCUUCACGUCGGGCAAGCUCAAGCUCAUGCUGCCCAUGAUGCGUGACAUCGCCUCCCAGCUCAGCUCCCACGUCGCCACGGAGGCCAAGAGGGCGGACGAGGUGGAGAUCGACGCGCUGCUGUCGCGCUACGCCGUCGACGUCAUCGGCUCGGUGGCGUUCGGCAUCGAGUGCAACAGCCUCCGCGACAAAGACAACGAGUUCAUCAGCAUGUCGAGGAAGCUGGGCCGAACAUCGGCCGUCGGGUUCGUCCGCUUCAUCCUAAUCGGGAUCCAUCCCAAGCUGGGCGCCCUGCUCCCCUUGAAGUGGAUGUUCUCCGACACCCACCGCUUCUUCCUCAACCUGAUGAAGGAGACGGUCGAGUACCGCGAGCAGCACGACGUGGAGCGCAACGACUUCGUGCAGCUCAUGAUGCAGCUGCGCAGCGCCGACCUGGCCAACGUGGACCCGGCCAACCACAUGGCGCUCACGCACGGCGUCAUGGCGGCGCAGGCCUUGAUCUUCUUCCUCGCCGGGCUGGACAGCGUCUCCAACACGAUCGCCUUCGCCCUGAGCAGGCUCGGCGCCGACCCGGAGCUGCAGCAGAGGCUGGCCGACGAGGUGCGGGAGGUGCUGCGUCGGCACGCCGGCGAGCUUUCCUACGAGGCUCUCAAGGAGAUGGACCUGCUGCACCGCGUCGUCCUCGAGGCCAUGCGGCUCUGGAACCCCGCCGGGAUCCUCUUCCGCAAGUGCAACGCCACGACCCAGGUGGGCGACCUCGUCGUCGAGAAGGGCCAGGUCCUCUUCAUCAUGGCGCAGGUGACGGCCAUGGACGAGGGCACGUUCCCCGACCCGCACCGCUUCGACCCGGGCCGCCACACGCCCGAGGCCAAGCAGGCGAGACACCCCUACGCCUUCCUGCCCUUCGGCGACGGCCCCAGGAACUGCAUCGCCGAGCGCUUCGCCAUGCUGGAGAUGAAGCUCACGGUCGCGCUGCUCGUCCGGGACUUCGUCUUUACCCCCGGCCCCAACUACGAGCCCGAGGUCGAACUCGACCCAAAGAAUUUCUUCCCAAGGGCGAAGAACGGGUUCCACCUCAAAGUCAGUGCCCGUGCCUGAGAAGACUGAGUAUUUGAUGUUCUUUUUUUCAUAUUUGAUAAAACAAAAUAAGUGCUAAUGUGCUACGCUUACGUAAUAAUAGAGUGACAUCUUGAAUACCUUGAGAUUGUGUGUUUUUGAGACUAACCACAAGUAGAAUUUGGUAUUAAUAAUGAAAUUUUAAAAGUA